AUGUUGGACCUCAUCGACGUUCUCUUUCACCAAGUCAGCUAUGCCGCAAUCUCUGCGGCAUUCUUUGCUGCAUUUGUUUUGUACCAGGUCGUCCAGACACUCUUUUUCGCCGAUCUGCGCCACAUCCCCGGGCCUUUGCUACACCGUGUAACGUCCUUUCCACACAUCUGGCACGUAAUUCGCGGCGAUCGGAUCCAAUGGCUUGAUAGGCUGCACAAUCGGUAUGGUGACGUGGUGCUACUAGAGCCACGAUUCGUCGUUACGUGCUCGGGGCUUGGCGCCAAAACCAUCUACAGCUCAAAUUCGCUGAUCAAGGCACCCUUCUACGACACGGUUGGCUUUGGUGCCGGGCACAAACACCUGCUUCAGCUCAAAGACGUCAAGAGUGCAGGACGCAUUCGCAAGCCGCUGCUGAAGAUCAUGGCAAAGGACAACCUCAACAAGCUGGAGUCGCUCAUCCACAGGCACUUGGAUAUCUUCAUCAAGGGCAUCGAAGGCGUGCCGGGGCAAAAAGUAGACAUGCUGCUUUGGCUGCGUCUUCUUGCUUUUGACAUAAUCUCCGAAGCAUCCUUUGGACACGACUUUGGACAGCUGGCCACAGGACAAUUUGGCACGCUUACACAGACCAUAUUCGAUUCAAUGCGAUUUGGCGUCCUCUCGAGCGUGAUUCCGGGAUUUCGCACGAUUUGCCUUCUAUCGCCUUUCCCCACGUUACGAAGGCUUCAUAGCUCGCUGCAAAAGCUUUUGAUGCUGGGUGCUAAAGGCAUCCGCACCUAUGACCUCUCCGUCACGCCAGAUUUUGUCAUGGCGCCUCACGUCCUUGCGCCUCUUUUCUCGGAUGAAGAGUCGUUGAUCAAGGAAGUGUCUGCCUUCAUGAUUGCAGGCUCCGAUACUUCUUCAACCACGCUCCUCUACCUCUUUUACGAAAUUGCCCUUCGGCCACACCUGCAGCAGCAGCUCUUCGAUGAGCUCUCGACUGCUACCGCAACUGGGUCCGACGAGAGAAUUACUCGAGAAGACGUUGAGAAGCUGUCCCUGUUCAACGCGUGCAUCAAAGAGACUCUUCGCCUUCAUCCGCCCGUGCCGGGUGUUUUGCCGCGCCUGGCACCCGAGAGGGGGCUAACGCUUGGCUCACCAAAGUCGUCACUUUUUGUACCAUCUGGCGUGGUCGUCUCAUCGUCAGUCGCACGUACUCAAACGCACGCCGACGUCUUUGACGAACCGUAUGAGUUUCGCCCCGAACGUUGGCUCAGUGACGUGACCGAGGACAUGAAGCAAGCGUGGAUGCCGUUCAGCCUGGGACAGCGCAACUGCGUGGGCAUGAGCUUGGCGUGGUCCGAGAUCUACAUCGUCGCAGCCACCGUCUUGAGACGAUAUUGGCUGGACGUGCCUCCUGAAACGACGCCCGAAUCAAUGAGCAUGGUCGAGGGUUUCUUUACUCUGCCUUCAUCGGGAAAAUGUGUUCUCGAGAUUGCUCCAAGAAAGGCACAGUAGAUAUCGCUCACCUGUAUGUAUCAUGUAUGCGUC